AUGAAGCAGCAAAGGCCUUGCGAGCCGCUGCAUGAAGCCGAUCGAGCUGCUGCUGCUGCUGCUGCUGCUGCUGCUGCUGCACCUGCAGCAGGUCUGCAGCAGCAGGCGAGCAAAGCAAUAGUAAAGGAUCAGCAGCAGCUGCAGCAGCAGCAGCAGCAGCAGCAGCUGCAGCAGCUGCAGCAGCAGCAGCUGCAGCAGCAGCAGCAGCAGCUGCAGCAAGGCCCCCCGCAGCAGCACCACCAGCAGCGGCACCUGCAGCAGCCGCAGUCGCAGCAGCGGGCCGGUGGCAGCAGCAGCGCGGGCAGCAGCAACAGCGCAUGCAGCAGCAGCAGCACAUGCAACAGCAGCACAAACAAGACCACCGGCAGCAGCUGCAGCAGCAGCAGCAGCAACUUCACCGACACUAGAGGCGCAUCUGCAGCAGCAACUGCACCAGCAGCAGCAGCAGCAGCAGCAACAGCGGUUUGA